CGGGAAAGGGAGGGGGAAAUGGGGCCGACUUUCGGCUCCUGCCGUCGGUGCGGGCGAUUCCCCGGGCUCGCGGAUCAUUUCGCCGGACGUCGCAGAUAACAUUAGGGGGUUGGACAGCUGGUGGUGCCCGUGGCGUUGGCAUUGGCGAGGGGAGGGGAGGGGAGGCUCCGUCAGAAAAUAAGAAAAGGCUGUGGGAUUGCAGAGGAAGAAGCAUGAACAACGUAUCUUGUGAUGAAAAAUUUGGACUUUGAAGGCUGAAUCUUUCCAGACCAAAGCAAAAUGCGGUAAAGCAACAUGGCUGAGGAUUGUGUUGGAUCUACAUACAGCGUGCUUUCAACAAUGCCCUCAGACUCUGAAAGCAGUAGCUCUCUCAGCAGCAUUGGUACCAGCACAUCUGGUAAAACUGUUUCUCCUCCACCAAUACUCAUGGACACCAGGCAGAUGAGUGAAAAGUUGGAAGCCAUUGUGUUUCAACUCAGACAGGUCACUCGCGAGAGGGAUGAGCUUCGCAAACAACUUGCACUUUCUUCUCCUGGGUCUACUUUUGACGACUGCAGGCCCAGUCCAAAACCAAGUCAUGACUAUGAGAGAUUGAAGAUGCAGUGCAUGAAGGCCAUGUCGGAUCUGCAGUCUCUGCAGAAUCAGCAUACAAAAACGCUGAAGAAGUGUGAAGAGGCAGUCAAAGAGGCAGAUUUGUAUCACACAUUGCACAGCCACCUCCGAAAUGACCAGUCUCAGCUGAAGGAGGAAAUGGAAGCCAUCAGGAGAGAGAACACCCAGUUGCUAAGGGACCAUAACCAUGUUCAACAGACCUGUGAGGAGCUAAAGCGGCUUCAUGAGGAGGAUCAGAAGGAGAUAACUGAACUGCGGUGUCAACAGCAACAAGUUAUGAAAGAGAACGGUUCAUCAGAGAUUCUAAAUAAAUUAUACGAUACUGCUAUGGACAAGUUAGAAGGCUUAAAAAAAGAUUAUGAUGCACUAAGGAAACGGUACAAUGAGAAAAUUGCCAAUCAUAACACUGACCUCAGUCGUCUGGAGCGGUUAGAGGAAGAGAAUCGGCGCUCCCAGAAACAGAAUGAAAUGCUGAUGAAACAGACAGAUGUUGCUGUUGUAGAGAAAACAUCUGUACAGCAACAAUAUUUAUCCACAUUGAAGAGGUAUGAUUUGAUACAGCAAGAAUUAAGCAAGGCAACGGUACAGAACAAAGAGCUCCAGAGGGAAAUGGAACGGUUACAGACUGAGAUGACUCGAUACAAGACGUUACAGCUGAAAGCAGUGAAGGACGCAGAGAAGUACAAGGAAGAGAGAGACACAGUGUUGAAUGAGUAUCGUUUGGUCAUGAGUGAGAGAGACCAGGUACACAAGGAGAUCGACAAGUUGCAGACAGAGCUGGAGUUAGCCCAGGGUCACCUGAAGAACACCUCCUCUGAGAGAAAAGUGGCUGGAGAAGAACUUGAAGCUCUACGGCAGGAGCUUCAUUCUGCACUGAUGGAGCGUGACUGUGCUAUCUGUGAAAGGAAUGAAUUGCUGGAGAAGUACUGCCAUGAAGUGAAGGACAAAGCUGAAGCACAGAAGGAGCUUGAUCAGGCUUGCAAGGAUAUUGAGACUGUGAAGGAAGAGAGAGAUGUUGCUCGGAAGGAAAGAACAGAAGCCAUCAUCCAGAGAGAUCAGUUGCUACGUGAAUACUACCAGGCUCGACAGUGUUUGAAUUUACAGAAACAAGAUUCAGCCACACUGGAUAUGGAAAGAGCAAGUAAAGAGAUUGAGAUGCUUCGGAAGCAAUGUGAAGCCAUGGCCCAGGAGCUGAAGGAGGGUAUACAAGAAGCAGAAGUCGCAAAACGAAGGCGAGACUGGGCGUUUCAAGAACGUGAUAAGAUAGUGGCAGAAAGAGAGAGCAUACGAACUCUGUGUGAUAAUCUGCGUCGGGAAAGGGACCGGGCAGUGAGUGACCUGGCUGAAGCUCUUCGCGAUCUGGACGACAUGUUGAAACAAAAGAAUGAUGCUACUCGUGAGCUGAAGGAACUGAAGGAGAAGAUGGAGAACCAGUUGGAGAAGGAGGCACGGAUUCGGCAACUUAUGGCUCACAAUUCCCAUGAUUCAGCUAUUGACACAGAUUCUCUUGAAUGGGAGACUGAAGUUGUUGAAUUUGCAAAGGACAGGGAUGACAUGGAUUUGAAGGCACUAGGAUUUGAUGUGGCAGGAGGGGCCGAUGAGCCCUAUCUACCUGGAGACUGUGGCAUAUUUGUCACUAAAGUAGAUAAAGGAAGUAUUGCAGAUGGAAGGUUAAGGGUGAAUGAUUGUUUGCUCAGAAUAAAUGAUGUGGAUCUUACCAACAAAGACAGAAAACACGUGAUUAAAGCAGUUCUGAAUGGUGGAGGGGUCAUUAAUUUGGUCGUCCGAAGGCGCAAAUCUUUGGGAGGUAGAGCUAUUACUCCAGUUCACAUCAAUCUCGUGGGUUACAAAGACAGUGGAAUCAGCUUGGAGACUGGAGUCUACGUGGCUACUGUUGUUCCUUGCAGUCCUGCUGCCAGAGAAGGGUCCUUAACAGUGGGAGACAGGCUCAUAACUAUAAAUGGUAUUGCACUAGAAAACAAAUCACUGACAGAAUGUGAAGCUUUGUUACGAAAUUGCAGGGAUUCUGUCAGUAUUUCACUGAUGAAGGUGGUUCCUCAGAGUUCCUCUUGGAGUGGACAGAACAUACUUGAAACACUAAAGGAGUCAGAAAAAUCUGCGAUCUGUAGGGUUCAUGAAUCUGAAGUACAGGUUCCAAACUCUCGAAACUUGAAGCACAACAGCUCGACACAGACGGACAUUUUCAGUUCAGACUUGAGCAUACUUGACAAAAAGGGUGGAGUCAAUCACAAAGAUGGCUCUUAUUGUGAACACAAACAAUUUUCUAGCAGUUCUUUGAAGCCUAAUACUAGUAGGACACUUGAACACACUUGUCAUAGUAAUUCAGAUCGUAAUUCUGGUCCUUUCAAUCCUGAUAUGUUUUCUGAUAGAAGUUAUGGAAUAUUGGAACCUGACAAAAGACGAUUUACAUUUGAUCCUACAGUUACAGAUUGCAUAAUGGUAGAAACUGGUGUUGAAAAGGAACAUAGUACUAAACACAGUGGGGGCACCUGGCCAAAAAUGAUGGUGGACAUUUCGCCCUCCGAACCUGGGAAACUCUCUAUAUUCAAGCUGCCAAAACAGAGGAAGCCCAUCUUUGAUCCAGAUACCUUCAAAAGGCCACAGACACCCCCAAAGAUUGAUUAUCUCUCCUCAACACAAAUGCAGGCUCACUCAUCACAAUCUUCAAAGGCUGAAUUGGGUUCAACGCCUCCCACACCACCUAAGAGGAGUGAUUCAUUCAAGUUUAAACAUAAACAGCAGACUAGCUCUGCUUCAGACUCUACAAUAACCACUGGGUCACCCCCAACCAGCCCAACAGGGCCCCAAUGUAGUAUAAAACAGGACACUACACACGAAGCUCAUGACCAAAAUGCUGGCCACUAUAAGCCCACUCGUUAUUUGGAGGCAAGUAGCAUUGCGUCUUCAAGGACUUCAUCUGAGGAAGAAAGUAGCCAGCGAGUUGAGGAGUUGGAGCCAGUGAACAGGCGCCGACCAAAGUCAGCUCCUGCUUUAAGACAGAAGCUUGUUCCCUUGGCUAUCACUGGGCUCUCCCCUCAGGACAAUGUUGAUCCUCACUCCCACUAUGACAGUAUCGCAGUCCGCUCUCCAAAUCCCAAAUGCAACAUAAGUGAAGAACGUCUUUCUUUGGAACUGCAAGAAUGGAACCGGUACACGCCAAAACGUUCGCAUCGACACAGCGUUGGCUAUGUACCAACAGUAUAUAAUUGUCCCGUGUCAUCAGGCAAUGUACAGCGAAGCUUCGUGCCUUGCCCAGCAGUGACAUCAGUCCUGCGGAAUCCAAAUGUUCCUUUCUUCACUGUUCGCAGCCGCAUGGUCCACAGCGCCAACUAUCCUUCCAUGGCUAGCCAGAUGUGUUAUCCACAUCCCCUGCACAGAACACGGAAUCAUUCACCAACUGAAAGUUAUAGUGCUACUUCUCCACGGGCCAGGCACAGGCCACGGAGCGCUAUUUGCUUUCCAGAAUCUAUGCACGCCUUUGACAACUUAAGCCCACAGCAUCACGCACACCACAGCUUGGACCUGACUGGCCCAGACCACAAGCGAUCAAGUGAUUUGUCUGAGUCUGCUCGAAGUACCCCACCCCAUGGAACACAAUCCCUACCUGCUAGUGCACGCAUUGCAGGUUCUUCAAGUAGCCUGGCUUUUGCUCCAAGUAAAAGUGGACGUAUUCGGAUCCCUUCCAACACACGAUACCCCAGAUUAACAACAGGCUCUGAUAGAGGUUCUGAGCGCAGCAGUCCCAGUCUGAUUACACCACCACAGUCACCAAUGAAUCUGGAGACGUCAUCGUUUGGCAGUAGCCAGUCGCAGAGUUCAAUUUCAUCAUUAACCAAAAUUUCCAUCAGUCCUGUAUCUACAGGAGACCGCAGGAAGGACAGAUACCUAUUCCGUAAUAGGUCCUUUCUGAGAAUUCCUCUCACUCCCAGGCCUCGAUUCUCAUCACUACGGAGUCUGAGGCCUUAUUUACAAGAACCCCGCCACGUGACAGUGCAGAAAGGCACAGAACCCCUUGGAAUAUCGAUUGUAAGUGGAGAAAAUGGAGGGAUAUUUGUUUCGAAAGUAGUCGGAGGAAGCAUUGCUCAUCAAGCAGGACUUGAAUAUGGUGACCAGCUUCUUGAGUAUAAUGGCAUUAAUCUGAGGAAUGCGACUGAACAGCAAGCUCGAUUAAUUAUUGGACAGACAGAGCCCUGUGAGACUAUCACUAUGUUGGCACAAUAUAAUCCGCACAUGUAUCAACUGGGUAACCAUUCUCGUUCCAGUUCUCGCUUGGAGCCAAUUAGCAAUCGCUCAACUCCCCAAGGCAGUGGAGCAACUACACCUGACAGUCACUCCAUUAUCGAUGCAGUGAGUGAACAAGAUGAGGGAACAAUAACACCACCAUCAAAACAAACCACCCCAACUACCAGUCCACGUGACUCAAUGAGGAAGUCUGUUGACUCGGCAGAUUUGAGAACUGAGCCAAGAUUUAUUUUCUUAAAGAAGACGCAGGUCGACCUGGGAAUCCAGAUUUGUGGUGGAAAUCUACAUGGAGUAUAUGUGGCAAAGGUAGAAGAUGACAGCCCAGCAAAUUGCCCUGAUGGGCUUGUGCCUGGGGAUAAGAUACUGGAGUACAAUGGCACUGAUAUGCGUAAUGUGACAGCUGAACAGGCUUACGUUGAAAUGCUGAAAACUACAGAGGCAAUCUCUGUAAAAGCUCAGAACAGGAUCGAGGAAUUCAACAGGAUCAAAGAUGAGCCAGGGGAUGGAUUCUUUAUCAGAGCACUUUAUGACCGAGUUGCAGAAGUGGAACAUGAUCUGAGUUUUAAGAAAGAUGACAUCCUCUAUGUUGACGACACUUUGCCACAAGGAAAUUUUGGUUAUUGGAUGGCUUGGCAGCUGGAUGAAAAUGCUCAGAAGCUAGAAAGAGGGCAGAUCCCCAGCAAAUACAUGAUGGACCAGGAGUUUUGCAGAAGACACAGCAUGUCUGAGGUCAAGGAUGAAAAUGGCGCUGUUAAGACUCUUUCUGCGGCAGCACGAAGAUCCUUUUUCCGGCGGAAGCAGAAACACAAAAGAAAUAAUUCAAAAGAUGGAAAAGAGAUGUUGGCUCUUGAUGCCAUCAGCACUGAUUCCAUCCCUCUGCUGGAAGAUUGUGGAAGUUUGGCUUAUCAAAGAGUACAGAAAAUUGAGUGCACCUCUCCAAGGCCUGUGCUUAUCCUGGGACCACUGGUGGAUGCUGUGAAGGAUAUGUUAGUCAAAGACUCCCCUGGAAAAUUCUGCCGAUGCCCAUUAGAGGUUAUGAAAGCUUCACAGCAGGCAAUUGAGCGAGGAGUAGCAGACUAUCUCUUCAUUGAUUACAAGAGGAGGAGUGGCCAUUUUGAUGUUACAACGGUGGCUUCCAUUAAAGAGAUAACUGAGAAGGACUGCCACUGUUUGCUUGAUAUUGCACCACAUGCCAUUGAGCGUCUUCACCGAAUUCACAUAUAUCCAAUCGUCAUAUUCAUUCGGUACAAGAAUUUAAAGCAAAUAAAAGAGCAAAAGGAUCCAAUCUUUCUUAAAGAUAAAGGUACGCAAAAGAAACAUUCCAAGGAACAGUUUGAAGCUGCUCAAAAAAUUGAACAAGAGUACAGCAAGUUUUUCACAGGUAUUGUCCAAGGAGGCAGCCUGCCCUACAUUUGCACUCAGAUCAUGACAAUUGUUGAUCAAGAACAAAACAAAGUCCUAUGGAUUCCAGCUGGAACACUCUAGGACCUCAUUUAAGCAACUCAAACUCCCACUGAAGAUCGUCAUUGAAGUGUUCAGAACUUGUUCAACACAGGCAUGCAACCAAUCUGAAGAUUGCCGAUCACAUGAAAGGAUACAGUGUGUUGAAUAGACUUGUAGCUUACAAAUGAUUUGCUUUGGUCUGAAGGCUUUUGGAGAACGUUGGGCAAAAAGACUGUUAAAUGUGCUACUCCACUUCAUUCUGGCAUCAACUGUACUCUCUGUCAUGUAAGAGAUUUCAAAUUGAGCUGAAACAGGACUGAUUUGAAUUUUUACUCUUUUCGCCUCCCCACCCCACAAAAAAACAGUUUCAAUAAGUAAUGCUGCAACUAAAACUUAGAAACCACACGUUUACAAGUAAUUUCCUGAGUAUUUGUUUUAAAUGUUUACUUGAAUGUUUAUAAACUUUUCUUAUUCCUGUUUUUUGGAUGAGGCAACCCUUUGAACAGGGUGAAGUUUGUGCAUGUGAAUUAGGCAGGUUUACCUGGUUAUGUGAUAUUGAUGGUGCCCUGAAAUUUGACUGGCAGUUUGAACCCUUUUGAAAACAUUUGGUACCGAGUAGUCAUGUGGUCAGGACAAAAGUAUUGUGAUUGGUACUUUUUGGAGUGAAUUCUGAAUGUUGUGCACUCCUGUAAAGGGCAGACCACUGCAGUUUUGUUGCUUUUAUUUUUGUCUGUUGAAAAUUUGUUUUUCUGCAUGAAUCUUAAUAUUUAAACAGCAUAAUGUUUCUGAUCAUAUUGUAUAAACUAAUACUUAAUUGUUGGGCCUAAUAACAUGUAGCAAGGGUUAAUGAGCUGUUUAGAUGGGCCUAGCAUGCUGAUAUGACACUUUCUAAAAGCUGUAAAUAUUAAAAAUGACUCAUCCUGGUGCAAUUUUGCAGGUUAUGUUGAGCUUUUUUUUAAAAAAAAUCCUGUGUGUGUAGCAGUCAAAUAGAUUUUAUUUAACUUUGUGGAACUAUUUCCUCAAAUAUUUCCUGGCUAGGGUUUUUUGUCAGAGUAAAUGUAGCUAUGAGGCACAGUAAAUAAUUGUAGUGUUGCCACUGUCUGGAGAUUGGUAUUGAAUCUGCUAUGCUUAUAUAUGCUUGUUUUUUCCACAUAUUGUGCCAAAAUUUUGACAAUUUGUAUCCUCUGCUUUCAUGUUGCACUUGUGAAUCCAUGUGUACCGAGCACAGGAUUGUUUCUGGUCUUCAUGUUUGUAUCAUGUUUUAGGUAGCUAUCUACUGUACGUACAGACUAAUGCAACUGAAAGAUUAAAGAAAAACUGAGACUGUUCCUAACAUUUCACUAAUUGCCUGGUGCAUGACAGCCUUUUUUCAUUUGAACAAAAUACGUAGAUUGCUUUCUGUAACGAAAAGGGAUGUUUUCAUUUUAAAUUGAUAUGAAAUUCGAAAAUUAUCCUAUUGAGUUAAGGGCAUGAUAUUCUGAUUAGCAGAGUGACAUGAACAAUGUGUGCCUCUAAUGGGGGAAUAAAAAUCCCAUUGUUGACCCACAUCUUCACAGUCACUUCACUCAACUCUCCCACUGUUUCUGCCAGUAUAAGUUAUUGCAGGGUACAGUUGAAGAGUGACAAAGAUGGUAUAGAGUAAACAGGUACUGACUGAUGUCUUUUCUGUGCUGAAACAAGAAUGUUACUUUGUAUCAAAUGUAUCAAAAGGAAAUUGAUUAGUACAAGAAUAA